CUCCUGAAGAAUUCCCCCCGGAAGUCUCUCCUCCUGAGGGUCCCCCCACCUCCUGAAGAAGUCCCCCCGGAAGUGACUCCUCCUGAAAAAGUGCCCCCGGAAGUCACUCCUCCUGAAGAAGUCCCCCGGGAAGUCACUCCCCCUGAGAGCUUUCCUCCUGAAGAAGUCACCCAGGAAGUCACUCAUCCUGAAGAAGUCCCCCCGGAAGUCUCUCCUGCUGAGGGAUCCCCACCUCGUAAAGAAGGCCCCCCGAAAGUCACUCCUCCUGAAGAAGUCCCCCUGGAAGUCUCUCCUCCUGAGGGUCCCCCACUUCGUGAAGAAGUCCCCUCGGAAGUCACUCCUGAAGAAGUGUCCCCGGAAUUUACCCCUCCUGAAGAAGUCCCCCCGGAAAUCUCUCCUCCUGAGAGUCCCCCACCUCGUGGAGAAGCCCUCCCGGAAUUGACUCCUCCUGAAGAAUUCCCCCCGGAAGUCUCUCCUCCUGAGGGUCCCCCACCUCGUGAAGAAGUCCCCCGGGAAGUCACUCCCCCUGCGAGCUUUCCUCCUGAAGAAGUCACCCAGGAAGUCACUCCUCCUGAAGAAGUCCCCCCGGAAGUCUCUCCUCCUGAGGGUCCCCCACCUCAUGAAGAAGUCCCCCGGGAAGUCACUCCCCCUGCGAGCUUUCCUCCUGAAGAAGUCCCCCCGGAAGCCACUCCUCCUAAAGAAGUCUCCCCGGAAGUCACUCCUCCCUGAAGAAGUCCUCCAGGAACACACUCCUCCUGAGAGUUUUCCUCCUGAAGAAGUCCCCCGGGAAGUCACUCCCCCUGAGAGUUUUCCUCCUGAAGAAGUCCCCCCGGAAGCCACUCCUCCUAAAGAAGUCUCCCCGGAAGUCACUCCUCCUGAAGAAGUCCUCCAGGAACACACUCCUCCUGAGAGUUUUCCUCCUGAAGAAGUCCCCCGGGAAGUCACUCCCCCUGAGAGUUUUCCUCCUGAAGAAGUCCCCCUGGAAUUCACUCCUCCUGAGAGUUUCUCACCUCCUGAAGCAGUCAUUCCUCCCGUGCCCGUCCCCACCCCGGUUAUAUACAGACCUGCAUUCGGUGUUCCAGAGGGCUUACCCCUCCCUGUACAAGACACGCCAGAAGUAGCUGCUGCGAAAGUCGCAUUCCAUGCGGCUUUUGAUGCUGCCGCAGCUCGCGCUAAGGCUGCUCCAGAUUACGAUCUGGACGGCAAAAUUUCCGCCUACACCGGUUUUCUCUCCGACCUCGACGGUAAACUCUCGCCCUUCUACACAGACACUCUUCCAUACGGCGCCUACGGUCUCCAUGCCCCCGUGGUUGCCGCAAGUUCCGUUCCUGGAGCUCCUCUAGCCCUCUUUCCAAGUUUGUACAGCUUCCCUGGUGCUUACGGCUUACCGGGUGCUUUCAGAUAUCAUGAACAUCCUUUAGUCCAGUCGGCCCAUCUCAAAGACUAGAUCUUGCCAGCUUCUCUGUCCUGUCUGAGACUGGUACGUGUACAUUACCUGUAAAUAUGACCAUAAGUAAAAUCCCCACAGCUCUUUACUCUGUCUUGCAACUGAGUUUAUAUAAUAAAUAUACCUUUUAAUAAUAAAUAUUUCGAAUACAGUCAAU